UUUAGACGCCAUUUUGUCAGCCAUUUCCUACACUGAUCCAUUGCCAGCGUCUCUGCACGGCACGGGACGCCCCGUCUGGCCUCAGCUUCAUCUGCCCGGGCUUGGCGAACAGCAGCGGAUCCUGCACACACGGUACCCGGGUGGAUGAGAGACAGUCUAGCGGGUCGGUCGGCACCCACUAGACCUCCGCAAGGCGCUUGUCCCCGCAAGACAGAAGCGGUACAAGUCACAGACAGACAUGGCUUUGAAGAUUGUCAAAGGGAGCAUCGAUCGGAUGUUCGAUAAAAAUCUUCAGGAUUUAGUACGUGGCAUUAGGAAUCACAAGGAAGAUGAGGCCAAGUACAUCUCCACAUGCAUCGAUGAGAUCAAACAGGAGCUCAAGCAGGACAACAUCGCUGUCAAAGCCAAUGCUGUGUGCAAGCUCACCUACCUGCAGAUGCUGGGCUAUGAUGUCAGCUGGGCCGCUUUCAACAUCGUUGAAGUCAUGAGCUCCUCUAAGUUCACAUACAAGAGGAUUGGCUACCUGGCAGCGUCACAGUGCUUUCACGAGAGCACUGAUGUCAUCAUGCUGACAACCAAUCAGAUCCGAAAGGAUCUCAGCAGUCCCAACCAGUAUGACACAGGUGUUGCCCUCACCGGUCUCUCCUGCUUUGUGACCCCUGACCUGGCUCGGGACCUGGCCAAUGAUAUCAUGACACUGAUGUCCCACACUAAACCCUACAUCAGAAAGAAAGCGGUGUUGAUCAUGUACAAGGUGUUUCUCAAGUACCCAGAGUCCCUGCGCCCUGCUUUUCCCAGGCUGAAGGAGAAACUGGAGGAUCCAGACCCAGGCGUCCAGUCAGCAGCAGUAAAUGUCAUCUGUGAGCUGGCCCGGAGAAAUCCUAAGAACUACCUGUCUCUGGCCCCACUGUUCUUCAAACUCAUGACCUCCUCUACUAAUAACUGGGUUCUCAUUAAGAUCAUCAAGCUGUUUGGUGCUCUCACACCACUCGAGCCACGAUUGGGGAAGAAGCUGAUCGAACCUCUGACAAACCUGAUCCACAGUACCUCGGCCAUGUCUCUGCUGUAUGAAUGUGUCAACACUGUGAUUGCAGUGUUGAUUUCCUUGUCCUCUGGGAUGCCUAACCACAGUGCUAGUAUCCAGCUCUGUGUGCAGAAACUGCGAAUCCUGAUAGAAGACUCGGACCAGAACUUGAAGUACCUAGGCCUGCUGGCCAUGUCAAAGAUCCUGAAGACCCACCCCAAGUCAGUGCAGUCUCAUAAGGACCUCAUCCUCCAGUGUCUGGAUGACAAGGAUGAGUCCAUCCGCCUCAGAGCUCUGGACCUGCUGUAUGGCAUGGUAUCCAAAAAGAACUUGAUGGAGAUUGUAAAGAAGCUGAUGCUGCAUGUGGACAAAGCAGAAGGAACCACCUACAGAGAUGAACUUCUCACCAAGAUCAUUGACAUCUGCAGUCAGAGCAACUACCAGUACAUCACCAACUUUGAAUGGUAUAUCAGUAUCCUGGUGGAGCUGACCCGAUUAGAGGGCACGCGGCAUGGCCAUCUUAUUGCCUCUCAGAUGCUGGACGUUGCUAUUCGGGUCAAAGCCAUCCGAGUGUUUGCUGUCGCUCAGAUGGCCACUCUGCUGGACAACGCCCACCUGCUGACUGGCAGCAUGCAGCGAAACGGCAUCUGUGAAGUGUUGUAUGCCGCGGCCUGGAUCUGCGGCGAGUUCUCAGAACACCUGGAGAACCCAUUGCAGACGCUGGAGGCCAUGCUGCGGCCUAAGGUGGCAACCCUACCAGGCCACAUACAGGCAGUGUAUGUGCAGAAUGCAGCCAAGCUGUUUGCCACUGUGCUGAAGAGCCAGGAGGGGAACACGGACAGCACAACCGCACAAGAAACCAGCCAGCUGAUGAUAGACAGGCUACCACUGUUUGUCCAGAGCGCCAACCUGGAGGUGCAGGAGAGGGCGUCUUGCAUCCUGCAGCUUGUCAAGUACAUCCAGAAACUGCAGCAGAAGGAUGUAGAGGUAGCUGAGGAGGUCAUCGCUCUGUUUGCUGGAGAACUCAAUCCUGUAGCCCCCAAGGCACAGAAGAAAGUGCCUGUCCCCGAAGGUCUGGACCUGGAUGCCUGGAUCAACGAGCCUCCAUCUGAGAGCGAAUCAGAGGAUGAGCAGCCCAAGGCUAUUUUUGCAAAGGAGGAGCCCAAACACUCCCGCCCUCGUCACACAGAGGUGGACGAGAAGGAGCUGGCGAGGAGGAGAGAAGCCAGAAAGCAGGAGCAAGCCAACAACCCCUUCUACAUCAAGGCCUCCCCAUCCUCUCAGAAGGUUUACCAGGACGCCCCUGGAGUGGAGCACAUCCCAGUCGUGCAGAUUGACCUCAGUGUGCCUCUCAAAGUCCCAGGUCUGCCUAUGUCUGACCAGUAUGUCAAGCUUGAGGAGGAGCGUCGGCAGAAAGAGAGAGCAGAGAAGAAGAAGAAGGAGAAGAAGAAGAGGAAAGAAAAGCGCAGUGGACGAGGGAAAAAGCAUGAUUCGGGCCCGGAGAGCGAGGAAGACAUCACACCUGCACACAUGGUCGACAUAGUUACCGAGGAGAUGCCAGAGAAUGCCUUACCCAGUGAUGAUGAUGACAAAGACCCCAAUGACCCUCACAAAGCCCUGGACAUCGACCUGGACAAGCCUCUCGCAGACAGUGAGAAGCUACCAGUCAGGUCACACCGUGCAGCAGAGGCUCCCAAAAGCCCGGCAGAAGAUGGAGAUGCAGAGAGUGCUGCCACACAGGAGCCCAAGAAGAAGAGUGGCAAAGAAAAGAGGGAGAAAAAGAAGGAUAAAGACAGGGAUAGGAAGAAGAGCAAAGAAGAGAAGAAGAAGAAAAAACACAAACAUGAAGAAAAGGAGGAGGAUCUUCUCGGGGGUCAGGUGGAGGAGCCUGUGGUCCAAUCAGAAGAAACCAGUGAGGUGGCAGCACCGCCCACUUCCACCACUGCUGAGGUAUCGGAUCUGGAUUUCUGGCUCUCAAACGCACCAGUGCCCUCUAACACCCAGGAAGCAGCAACAGUAGCAGCAGCAGAAGCAGCCCCUGUGCCCGAGGCAGCCUUGGGCGCGGCGCCGGACUCGGAGCCCGAUGAGCCCAAAGACACAGAGAUGGAGGAAACUAAGUCCUCCAAACACAAGAAGAAGAAGCAGAAAAAGGAGAAGGAAGAGAAAGAGAAGAAAAAGAAGAAGAAGAAGCAUCAUCACCAUCAUCACCACAGUGACGGUGGUGGAGAGGAGUCAGUGCAAAACGGCACUGUGGAGGAGGAAGAGCCUCUGCCGCCCAUGUCCAAUUACUGCCUGCUGGCUGAGAACUCCUACAUCAAGAUGGUGUAUGACAUCCAGGGGAACCUGCAGGACGGCAGUCAGGUCGUGGUGUCUGUUAUAUUUGAAAACAAGUGUGACAGCUUCCUCAAGUCCAUGGAGUUCAAUGUCCUGGACUCUCUCAACUCCAAGCUGCAAAGGCCAGAGGGUUCGGGUCCACAUGAUGGCCUCACUGUCCCCUUUCAACUUCCGCCAGGGGUGUCCAAUGAGGCCCGAUUUGUCUUCACCGUGCAGAGCAUUGUGAUGCCACAGAAACUGAAGGGAACACUCACCUUCAUAGUCAAGAAUGAGGACUCCUCUACUCAUGAGAAACUGGACUUCAAACUGCACUUUACCUGCACCUCGUACCUAAUCACUACUCCUUGCUACAGUGAUGCGUUUGCAAAACUGCUGGAGUCAGGGGACCUGAAGGGCAGCUCUGUCAGACUGGAGGGAGUCAACAUGCCCUUCCACCACCUACUGGCCAGGAUCUGCUUCCAUCACCACUUCUCUGUCGUGGAGAGGAUCGACUCCUGUGCCUCCAUGUACAGCAGGUCUAUCCAGGGUCACCACGUCUGUCUGCUGGUCAAAACUUCUGGUCAGACAGUGUCCAUUGACGCUAAAUGUGAUGAGCCAACGCUGCUUGGGAAUGUGCUGGAUGAGAUCAAGCAGACCUUCUCUCAGUGCUGAUUGUGUCUGACAGCCCCAGGGUGCCCCCAGCCCAGCCACAUCACCCUCCCUGCCACCCUCCCUCGCUGAAACACAACAUAAUCAUGUUACGAAACACUGCGGCUGGCACUUCCAGUAUCGCCCUAUUUAUUAGUCCUGAGAUUCACAAAAGAUUUCUUUCCCCCGUACCUUCUACUUCAGUGCCCCACACUCUGUUGUUCCUCUGCACUCUGAGCUCUGUGGUCACUCCCUGACACUCGAUGUUGUUUUACAGACUCACUGUGUACACGCUCCGUCUUCUCUGCAACGCACUUUCAUUUUUACAUCCUGGUUUUUUCAGCCCCUAACAGCCACCCCUUUUCCACCCCCCUGACUCUAACACUGUACUGAGCUCCUGUUUCUGGAUGUCCCACAUCCUCUGCUCUUUCCUGUAAACCUUUCCACCCUCCACUCUGUUGGCAAUUCAGUCUAUGACAGUCAUGUAAUGUAAUGUAAUGUUGGCAACUGGACUUUUGCUGUUGAUGGUUGAAUUGUGUUUUUACGGUUUUGAAGUUUGUUUUUUUUUUUUUGUCUUUGGUUUGUUUUUGUUUGUUGUUUUUGUCUUAUUUUUGUUUUUGUCUAAAGCCUGUCUGCGCCUUUGUCUCACCUUCUUCUUUCUGCCCACUAAACAUCUGUGUGUGUGUGUGUGUGUGUGUGCAGCUCAUCCAUGUAAGCCUGGAAAAAAACCAUGUGACUGACUCCUUCUCAGACUGGUCCUAGCUGGAAAAAAUGGGAACUCUUUUAACUUGCUCACCCACCUGACAAGGUGCCUAAGGGACACCAAGACACACUGGGUGACUGCAGUGAGGAUGGUGCAGAGAUGAAACCAAAGCUUCAUAUAAGGCAUGGGUUUUUAACUAGUAUCAGAGCUGUUGCCCUACUUGCCUUUUGGCAAGGCUCAGAGCAGAUCUGCAAGUGUUAGUUUAACAGAAUCCUUGUGUGGCACCUUGGGUGAUUUGUAUAGUAGAUCAGUGGUUUUGCUCUGUGCCUUAGCCGUGCAGUCCGACCUACUCCAGCGCUUCAUGAGUCUCAUAGAGCCCCACCACCUUCUCCAGUGCAUUUGUUCCCUGAUCCAACUGUGCUAAGUGGCAAUUCCCCCCCCACACCCCCAUUCCAAGCCCAAAGAACUUCUUACAUAUCAUUCCUUUCACGAAUCAAAGAGGAAUUUGAAGAUGGGACAACAUAAAAAUAAUUGAAAGAGACUCUGACACCAGAGUUGAAGCGUAACGUCAGAUUUCUGUUUCAGCACAGGACAGUUUGCUGUCAGGCCAAUGCCAACUUUCUCAGCCUCCUCUUCAACUCACGGCUAGAGUUGUUAGUUGUAUAGAAGAUGUUAUAUUGUUGUAAUUAUAGAGAAGUAUACUCUUAUUCUUAUGAAGCCUCUAUGGUGACGACGGCCCUCGUCUGCAUCACCAACAUGGUCAAAUUAGUGACAGAAUAAUCUGGCAUGAAGAGAGCUGCUCAUGUUACAUCACUGUCCUGACUCCUCUCUCUGAAAAAGUCAAACUGUGACUAGCUACAGGACGACAGUUACACUAUCAACCUUUCUCCAUUUUUAAAACCAGCUGCUCCACAUAUCAGGUUGCUGAAGUUGUUCUCUCUGUAAGCAGAGACUGUGAAGUGGUCAGUGGUUUUAGGUUCCCUCUCAAUCAGUAUUAGGCAGCGUGGCUUCCACGUUCUGUCAACAGCAGGACAGAAUUUUGUCCGUCUUCAUAUGAAAUCAUGUGAAACAUUUGCGCCUGUGCCACUUUGACAUUUGCAUCACAGUAGCUGCACUCAGGCUGGCUGACAUGCAGCUGGUGUGCACCCAGACAAAAUCCCCAAUGUUUCUUUUUCCCUUCAGUAACUGCCUUGCCACUUUUUUGUGCAUUGACAUGUUAUGAUGAACAUGAAAGGCCAUUUUAUUUCAAAAAAGAAAUGGCUUCCUCUUAGAACUCUCUGAGGUACUUGAUGUUUUAGUUUGUGUCAUUCAUGUCACUGCCUGGUCCAGCACGACUUAGUAGUAGCAAGAUAAAAACUGACUUGGUAGCGUCUCUGUUCAUAUAUACUGAUAAGGCCCUGUCACAUCUGUCUGCUAUUGUAGAUAACAACUAUGAUAAUGAUGUCUGUGACCGGAAGGUCAGGUCAGCCAUUCCAUGAGAUCUUCGGUAGUAGAGUCUGAAUACAGAGGUGGCAUACAGCUGUACAUCAGGAAUGUCAAUAGGAAAUGAGUAUGUAUGUAUUUCCUGUUCCUGAAAAUGACUGAUAUCAGUGGAACUGAAAAAACUCCCCUAAUCAUACAUUGUCCUAAUUCUGAUCAUUAUUCCUGUGCAUAAUAUUUGAUUAAAAUUUGUAUAUUGCAUGAUUAGGAAUGUACAUUUUUUAUUUCUUUUUUUUGGUUCCAUGGACAUGCUUACACAAACAGAAACUUAUCAUUCCAUCUUGUCCUUUUUCUUUAUAGUCUUUUUUUUAAUGAAGUUUACUUGACCAUUCUCUGUUUUUGAUGGUAUUGUGUUUUUAUCUAUUCUAAGAUCAGACAAUUAAAAAAAAAAAAAACAGUGAUAACGUUGAAUGUUUUAAAUUAUUAAACACAGGGAAAGGAAGGGGGUUCUAUUUGCUGUCAUGACACAGAGGCCUCGGGGCUCCGAAUAAUACGUCGAAUACAACAGGUCACGUGAAGCAGUGUACUGAGAGGCAACCCACUCUGUCUUAAUUCUCUAUUGGUUCAGUUGUAGUGAGUUAAUUUACCAAGUUUGGCUUGUGACAUUGAAAUAUACUCCUAUAUGACUCUGAUUUUUGAAGGUCCUGUCUUUUUAUUUCUCCAUACUCAGUCCUCCAACUGUAUAAUGUCAUAUGUUUUAAAGGGGGAAACAUAAAUUAUCUACAUUCCCUUUAAAGAAAGUCCACCCAAAUUAAAAAUAAAGGCUGUAAGAAGCUGCUGUAGUCCUUUUUUGUGUUACAGUGAACCAAUAAACACCUACAUAUGCCAAAA